CUCCUAGAGGUCCUUCCAAAGCGACUAAUUCUACUAAUAACGCCAUUAAAUUUUUUUCCGUUCUAGACCUACCCAUGUCUAGAUAAGAUCUAAAGGGAUCUCAAGUGCUCUAGCCAUUCUCAUCGAAAAUACCUGUCAUAUUCAUUGCUAUGGACGGCUGAGCCUAUAUCUCGUGGUCCUAUUCUAUGACCACUCUGGAGUCAUUGAACUGGGCGAAUUCGUCUUGUAUAGGUGUAGGGGCUAAAGUUGUCAUUUUCAGCGAUCCCUAGCCUCUAUUGGUUAUACAGCCUAUUAGCGUAUGAUACUGAUAUGUUACAAUGGUCGAACACCAACCCGUUCACAACAGCGAAGUCUAUCUGUUAGGAUUAAGACCGCGUCCUACCGUCCCCCCUCCUUCUCCGCCUUCACCCUUAACGCCGAGGGAAGCCGAGUCAAAUAGCACCGCUAUCGAAGAGCUCUGCUUAGACGAUGUCGAGAGCUUCGAGCAUAUUACAGAGACCACCUCGCUUACAAAGCAAAGGAUCUCGGGUGCUGUGCAUGUUCUAAGCACAGAAGCGACCGCUCUCCGGAGUCUUACCCAUUUAUAUAGAACUAAUACGACUGCUAUAGAGGGCUUCAGUGCUGCAGUAGGAGCUAUAACGAAACACGAAGGUGAACGAGGAAAAUUAGUCAUAAUAGGAGUUGGGAAGUCGGGGCAUAUUUCAAAGAAGCUAGUCGCAACUUUCAACAGCCUCGGAGUUCAUGCGACUUUUCUUCAUCCUACCGAAGCUCUUCAUGGCGACCUUGGCAAGAUUGGGAAGAAGGAUGUUGUUCUCUUUAUUACAUUCUCGGGGAAGACGCCUGAACUUCUAGCUUUGCUACCACACCUGGAUGUGACGUUACCAGUGAUCGUACUCACCUCGCACACCCGACCAGACGAGUGCGAGCUCAUCCGACAGCGGCAGGAUGCAAUACUCCUCCCAGCACCCAUCCAUGAGUCCGAGAUAGUAUCCUUUGGCGUUUCAGCCCCCACAACAUCUACUACUGUAGCUCUCGCGCUAGGAGACGCGCUCGCGGUGGUGGCUUCUCAGGAGUUACACCCAACGGUCACAUCAGUUUUUGCAAAGAACCAUCCUGGCGGAGCCAUCGGCCAGGCGUUUAGUAAACCUCUUCAAAUUCGCGAUAUCACAAUCCCACUCUACGAAAUACCAGAGUGGCCAAAUUCAAGCGGCGAGGCUUGCGGCGCAGAUAUACUAAAGUUAGGCUAUGAUUCAAAGUCCGGAUGGGCUCGCGUUAAUGACGCGAUCGCCUCCCCGAGGCGUAUUAGACGGCUUGAAACGGCGCAUAUGGCGUGGCGGAUAUCUGAUAUUCCAAACUUAGUAGUUGACAGGAGCGAGUGGAUUAGCAUCCGCGCUAACACAAGGAUAUCGCAGGCUGCAGAAUGGCUUAGAGAGUCCCUAAUGUCGCCUGAUUGUAGCGAGGCAGUUAUUAUCGAAGACUCUAUUUUAGCGGCCGUGGAAAACGGAGAGAUAAUUGGUGUUCUGGAAGUCGGCCAUCUGUUAAGCUUGCAGGAGUAAAGGACGGAACAUAUUUAGUACGGGUAUUCGUCAGGUAUAAACCAGCAGACGAGAUGAUAUUUAUGGGUAAUCCUAGGUAGGAAAGACCCCUCAUAUACCAUAGUCAGGAUUGCUUCUGGAAUAAAGUUAUGAUUGGGAGGAUAAAGGACCUUCGUUUUAGGCCUCCAGAUACCAGCCAUCGGAUGGCUAGCUUAUGUUUUUUGACCACUCACCUUCUAUGACUGCUUUAUUCAUAAGUGAAUACUACGAUAUGUUGAUAUGUUGA